AUUAUAUCUCCAUUAAACUAUCUUCAUUUGUGCUCCGCAGAAGAAAGUAAUAUAGUUUUGAGAUGACGUAAGGGUGAGUAAAUUAUGAAAUAAUUAUAAUUUUUGGGUGAAAUAACCCAUUAAGGACUACAUCAAAGCAUUUCAAUUUAGUAACAUGGUAAGAAACUACCAUUCCAAGCGAAUCUGAGGUAGAGGAGACCAGAUUUAUUUUAUUUAAAGGUAUUUAUCAAGUGCAAAGACGUUCAAAAACUAUAAAAUAAAAAAAAAGUAAAAGAGUACGUCUUUUCUAAAGAACUAGGAACAUUAUACAUUUUAUGUUCCACAUACGAGGGGAACACGAAUGUUCUACGGUGUGUGAGGAAAACGCUCCAAAUGAUUCAGUCCGUGCGAUUCCGAGUGAUUCGCGAACCGAUUCAUACCGUUUUGCCAACCCGUUUGAAAAAUUCAUUGAAAUGAACAGACUAAAAAAAAAAAAAAAACGAUUCUUUUGCGAAUCAGGAAUCGCUAGUUUUGAUAUGAGGCCAUAUAAAAUAUUUUUAAAAGAUUAUAUAUUUAUAUUAUUACUAUAUACUAUACUAUUUUAAAACAUUGGGUUAGUUUUUUUUUUUUAUUUAUUCCCAAUCCUAAACCCUAAAUAUAUGAGCACUUGUAACAAUGACGUUUGACUUUUGUUUCCAAUAGAUGGCAGUGCUCCUGUGGUCAGGUGGUAUAUAUGGAGAAUGACAGAGGAAGUGAUUAGUUUGUCAGUCAUAUAAAGGGCCAGAUGCUAGAAACAGAAAUAGUAAUUAUGAAAGUGAGAAGUCGAGUGUAAGAUUCAAGCUGUCUAUUUAGUGUUUAGCGGCCUCGACAGACCAGAUCAGUGAGCUUACAGAGAGUUUGGAUCGGAACGGCGGGAUCUGAGAGAAGAUCAUGUACAACAACAAUAACAGCACACCAUCAUCAUCAUCCUCCUCGUCCGAGGCUGGAGAUUCGGUGAGAAGUUCGGUGUUUAACCCGGGUGAACCGCUGAGACAGCCGCGGACGUCUCCUCCGGUCGCAGAAAGCAGCACAGGUGAAGUUUACACAGAAAGCCAAGGAUUUCCUACAUUUUUCAAUUCAGGGUACCAAAACAGCAGUGCUACUGCCUUAAAAACAUCAGAUUCGCUAGUGAAAAACUCCAAACUGUCUGCCGCUGCGCCAGAGUUUGUCCCGAGCUCUUAUGCAUCAUACCAGGAUGAUGUGUAUUCUGAUGGAUCUGAAGGAUACUAUGCUGAGGCCUCAUUGGCUGAUUUAGUUCAGGAUUUUGUAAGCCAUCUGACCACGUCUCCAGGGUCCUUCGAGGUGGAAAUCGAUUACAUCACAGAUACGCUGAACAGCUGGGUGACCACAGAAGAGACAUUACAGGAACUAGUAGAGCUCAUCUACACACAGUCAACAUCUGUUCCCAACUUCUCCUACACUGGGGCACGGCUCUGUAACCAUUUGUCCCAUUGCAUCAGUCUCAGUCCAUCCAGCGGGAACUUUCGUCAGCUGCUGCUGCAGAGGUGUCGUACAGAGUAUGAGCAGAGAGAUCAGGCUGUGAAAGGAGAUGAGACCACACAGAAAAAGUAUCAUUCAUAUGUGUUGUUUCUGGGGGAACUUUACCUUAACCUAGAGAUCAUUCUCUUUCAUCUUACUGGACUAAAGCCGCUUUUCACUGCAUCCGACAAACAACAGAUGACGCUAGAGGUCAAAAGUGGCAAAGGCACACCAGGACGAGCUGACGUCUUACUGGGAGCUCUAAAGGAUCUUUUAAAUGCAUUGUUCUCACACCCCGACGACCCAAACCUAAUCUGUGCUGUCAAAUUACUCAAGCUGAGCGGUUCAAUUCUGGAGGACACAUGGAAGGAGAAAGGAAAGUCAGACAUGGAUGAGAUAAUCAAGAAAAUUGAAGAGAUUUUGUUGGAUGCCAGAUGCAGCCGAGAUGUCAGACAGAUGUUGUUGAAACUGGUGGAGUUACGGUCGAGUAACUGGGGGCGAGUUUACACUGCUGCCGUGUCCAGUGACGCUACACCCGACAAUGACCCCAACUACUUCAUGAAUGAACCAACAUUUUACACAGCAGAUGGUACACCUUUCACAGCAGCAGAUCCUGAGUACUCCGAGAAAUAUCAGGAGAUUCUAGACAGAGAAGACUAUUUCCCUGACACAUAUGAAGAGAAUGGAAAUGAAUCUUUUUGUGGUGAGGACGACGAGAUGGACCCAGAGAUCGAGGAAGCGUUUGAGAGGUUUUGCAUGGAAUCAGAGACGAGAGGAAAGUAAUGAGCGCUGUAGACUGUGAGAUCGCCAUGUCAACACCACACCUGACCGCUGGAAUGUUUCAGAGUGGGCGGAACCAAAACAAAUUUUGCUUGAUCUUUGUUUCAUUUCUCAAUGAGCACUUCUUGGCUAGUGUCACUGGAUUGUAUGGCUGGGAUUUCUGUUUAAUUGUAACACAUGACAAUUAGCUAGUCCGUCAGGCCAUCGAGUCAUCAGUAGCCAUGGGUUUGGCAUUUGGGUUGUGAGGUUCAUCAUUUUAUGCGUGUUCUGAUUUGUCCAACAACCAAAAAAAGAGAAAAUGUUUGCAGUGAGAUUUUAAUAUGAGCCGAAGAAUAGUAUUAUCAAGUGUGUGCGUGUGACUUGUUUGCAAACUAACCGCUCAAUGUCAAAGAAAUUGUAGGAGAAUUGGAGUGGAACACGUAAUAUCAGGUGGCUUUCUCACUCCUCAAGGCUUUGCUGUUUCAUGACGCAACACAGCAAGAAAGACAAAAAAAAAGGUUUGAAAUGUGUUUUAAGUGUUCUGCCUUUCUCAGAUUCUCCUCGAACCCUUUAGAGUUUUAUUUUCUUUUAAUGCACAUGGUAGAGGAAAAGAGGAGCUGCCACUUUCUAGUUGGCUUGUUUUUUGGGGGAUUUCCAAAUACGUGACGUGUGUCAAAUAGGCGAUAGGAAAAUCUCUGCACGGUUUUGGGAGUUCGCACCGAUUCAUCACCACUGUGAUUUACAGAACUGUUCUGAUCACCAACAUCUCAUGGAUCCCAUAUAAAGGAAUGUUUAUAUUAAUAUAGUUGUAAAUAUUAUUUACUGCAUUGUUUGCCUGCAAUAAAUCUUUAUAAAAACAGUG